AUGGCCGACGCAGACAGAACGACGUCCGAUCGACUUGUUGUGGCAUUCGUCUCGCUCUUUGCCGAUCUGUCGUCAUACGGUGCCUUCACAGCGGGACCAGGGCGAAAGCUGUGGUCUCGCACGGAAGUACUGGUCAAAACUCGAACAGACGAAAAGAAUUGAUAUUCCAUCACAAAUGCUGUUGUUAAGGAGCACCUCAAGAACCACAGUGAGCCGGUUGCUCAAUGCGCAUCGGAGAAGUACUUCGAGAAACUCGAUGAGGAGGAAGAAGAAGACUACUAUGAUGAAGGUGGCAACAUUAUAGACCGAAAUGCUCGUAAGAUGGUGCCCAAAUCGCGAUCAUUCCCUUGA